CCCCUCUCCGCCCUACCCCUUUAUCGUCCAGUGGUGUUGGUGUUGUUUGGUGCCGGGGCCAGUGGGGAACACGGCCGGUCGUCGGCAAGCAGGAUGGGGGCAGGAGGUGCUGUGGACCCACUGAGGCCCUGGACCACCCUCUUUCUCUCCUGGCCUCAGGAGGGCGAGAUGGCCCCCUGGGGCUCUGACAGCCAGACCAAGCACUGCCUGCAGCAUCUGGGGAAGCACUACCAGUUCCAGAUCCGAGACCUGCGGCCGGAGGAUGCUGGCAUUUACCGGGUCAGGGUGCAGGAUGCCGCGGUCUCCUCCGCGGACCUGGAGGCCAGCGCCGUCCUGCCCCGGGUGGUGGUCCCGCCGGCUGGUGCCCGCUGUGAGGAGCAGGGCGAUGCGGUCCUCGAGGGCACUGUCUCUGGCCCCUGCCCCAGCGCCACCUGGCGUUUCCGGCCCCGGCCGCUCCGGCGGAGUGACAGAUACGAGGUGCUCGUGUCCACUGAUGGGCUGACCCACCAGCUUCUGGUGAGAAGGGCCUGUUUCUCAGACAUGGGCCUCUACUCCCUCGGCGCCAAGCUCCACGCCUCCAGCGCCUGGCUGGUGGUUGAAGCUGGGAAGGAUAAAAGCCUUCUGACCGCGAGCGCUGACCACCAGCAGCAGGUACAACGAGCCGGCAAAGAGGGCGGGUCAGACGUCCACGGCCAGAGGACGGACGCCACCCGGAGUCCCGGAUCCAGACACAAGCCUGGCGCUGGCGGUUUCUCUGAGGAGGCCCGAGGCCCUACAGGCCACUUCUCCCAGGGCCUGGCUGACCUGGAGGUGCAGCGCGGGGAGGCUGCCGUGCUCUCCUGCACCCUCACCAGCGACCUGGGACCUGGAGCCUGGUUUAAGGAUGGGGUCAAGCUCAGCGCCCAGGACGGAGUCGCCUUCGAGCAGGACGGGCUGGCGCACAGGGUCCUCAUUGCCCACGUGGAGGGGACCCAGGCCGGGAGGUACAGCUUUGUAGCCGGCGACCAGCAGAGCGAGGCCACGCUGACCGUCCACGACCCCCCGGUCAUCGCUCCCGACGUGACAGCGAAGCUGAGGGAGCCGCUGGUGGUCAAGGCGGGGAAGCCAGUGACCAUGAAGGUCCGCUUCCAGAGCUGCCUCCCAGUCCAGGCCACCUGGAGCAAGGACGGGGCCGAGGUGGCUGGCGACAACGGCAGAGGGGCCCAGGUGGCGGUGGGGGACAGCUUCACGCGGCUGUGCCUCCCCAGCGCCAGCAGGAAGGACUGCGGCCAGUACAGCGUGACCCUGAGGAGCAAAGGCGGCUCCGUGCAGGCCGAGCUCACCCUGCGAGUCCUAGACAAGCCUCAGCCCCCACAGGGCCCCCUGGAGGUGCAGGACGGCCACGGGGCUGGCGUCUGCCUCCGCUGGCGGCCCCCAAGGGACGACGGGGGCCAGGCCCUGCAGCAUUACGUGGUGGAGAGGCGGCAGGCUGGCCUCAGCACUUGGCUGAAGGUGGGCGAGCCCCCUGCGGACAGCACCACCUUCACAGAUGCCCAGGCGGAGCAGGGCAAGAAGUACAGCUUCCGCGUGCGGGCCGUGACCGCGGAGGGGCCUGGGGAGGCCCUGGAGUCCGAGGAGGUGCUGGUGGCUCCCGAGGUUCUGCCUGGGCCCCCUCCCCCGCCAGCCAUCCUGUCGGCCUCCAGCCAAAGCAUCACUCUGUCAUGGACGGCACCUCGGGGCCCGGGCAGUGCCCACAUCCUGGGCUACCUGAUCGAGAAGCGCAAGAAGGGAAGGAACACCUGGGUGGCAGUGAACCAGCAGCCGGUGCCUGAGAAGAAGUGGACGGUGCUGGACCUGAGGCAGGGCUGUCAGUACGAGUUCCGGGUCACAGCCGUGGCCCCCUCUGGCCCCGGGGAGCCUGGGCCCCCAUCAGAUGCCGUCUUUGCUCGGGACCCCAUGAGACCCCCCGGGCCCGUGAGGGAUCUCCGGGUCACGGACACGUCGCACACCAGCAUCACCCUGAGCUGGGCCCAACCGGACCCUCAGGACGGGGACGAAGCGCUGGGCUAUGCGGUGGAGCUGGGCGACUCAGCCAGCCUGCAGUGGAGUCCGUGCCACGCAGGCACCGUGCCGGGCACUACCUACACGGUCAAGGGGCUGCGGCCUCGGGAGGCCUACUUCGUGCGGGUGACAGCCGUGAAUGACGGGGGCCGAGGCCCGCCCACUGCCCUGGACACCGUGGUGCAAGCCAUGCCCGUCAGUGUCUGUCCCAAGUUCCUCACGGACGCCAGCACGAAGGACUUGCUGACGGUCAGAGCUGGGGACACGGUUCGUGUGCCUGUCUACUUGAGGCCGUCCAUGCCGGACGUGACCUGGCUAAAGGGUGGCUUGCCCUUGCCUAAAAGAAGCGUGACCUCCGUCAAGGACGGCCUCACCCAGCUCCUGGUCCCCGCGGCCAGCCUCGCUGACAGCGGCCUCUACACUGUGGUGCUGAGGAGCCCGCGGGGGGAGGAGGCCACCUAUAGCUUCCGCCUCAGGGUGGCAGCGCGCCCACGGGCCCCGGGGCCCAUCCUCCUGCGGGAGGGCGCGCUGGGCUCGGUGAUCGUCGAGUGGGUGCCGUCCCCGGACGAGGCUGAUGGGAGGGCCGCCCCGCUGCACUACACGGUGCUGACGCGCUCCUCCGCGCACGCGCCCUGGCGCCCCGCGGCCGAGCGCCUGCACACCUGCCGCUUCACCCUGGUGGACGCCCUCCCGGGCCACAAGUACCACUUCCGCGUGGUGGCCAAGAACGAGCUGGGCGCCAGCGAGCCCUCGGACACGCGCCACCCCUGGGUCGUCCCGCGGCAGCCGCCAGACAGGGACACGGUGAAGGCUCCCAGCUACCAGGAGCCCCACCUGAGCCAGAAGCCCCGCUUCCUGGUGGGCCUGCGGCCCCGCACGCUGCCCCUGGGCUGUGAGUGCUGUAUGACCUGCGCCGUGCAGGGCUGGCCGCCGCCCCGCGUCACCUGGUUCAAGGACGACCAGAGCCUGGCGGGCGACCCCGCCGUGUACAGCACCGACCUGCUGGGCGUGUGCUCCCUGGUCAUCCCCAGCGUCUCGGCCGAGGACGGUGGCAAGUACAAGGCGGUGGCCGAGAACACACUGGGCCAGGCCGUCAGCACCGCCACCCUCAUCGUCGUGGAAUCUAGCUCUGAGCCCUGACACCCCCUGGGAUGGCCCAGCCCGGCCCCACAGCCUUGGGAUGAAGGCAGAUACUCGAGGGUUCACUCCUCACACCGCACUGGCCUGGGGAGGCAGUCCCAGAGGAUGGACGAUGCUGGCAGUGCCCAGAGCCCCAGGGAGAGGGGAGUGAGGGGCAAGAAGGGGGCAUUCAGCCUCCCAGGCCCAAGCUAGUCGCGGAACAGGAUGGCAGCGAGCCUCCUGGCUUGGGCGAGCAGAGGGGACUGGGUGUUGUCUGCAGGAUGGAGGCCAGAUCCCUCGGGGGGAGGGCAGGACAGGCUGGGCCUGAGUGACCACCGUGAGGGGAGAGCACGGGGGUCCGAGGACCUGGGCGGGAGCCGGGGCUGGAGGGCGUGUGUGUGUGUGCUGGGACAGCUGCUCUCUGUAUGUUGUUUCUUUAUUAAAGCAUUGGCUAACACUGGCAAA